CUGAUUUUUAUCAGACAAGCUACAACAUUGAUGAUGCACAGCAGGAGCAAUGCGCUUACACUGGCUAUUCCUAUGAAGGCAGGUGCCUGGUUCGGUAAUCCCUUAAUGGCAUCCCGCUGGAAAAUACAGCCAGUCCUAUAAAAAAAUGACAAUACUCACAACUCCUUUUCUUGACAUAUGUUAUAAGAUGGCAUCCUUGCAUCUAUUCUCCUGGAUCAGUACAAGAUGGAGCCUUUAUGCCUCCUGAACAGCUAACACAAUCUGUUCCUCAUUCUGGACAUUUUUCAGAACCAACAUAUACACCUCCAACAUUAUCCUACUUGAAUGACCCCAACAGCUUUGAAGAUGAGCUUCCUUUACUGGAUGAGCUGGGUAUUAACUUCAGUCAUAUCUGGCAAAAGACACUAACGGUUUUAAAUCCAAUGAAACCAGCAGAUGGCAGCAUCAUGAAUGAAAGUGACCUCACAGGCCCCAUGAUUUUCUGCUUGGCCCUUGGAGCGACACUCCUACUGUCUGGCAAAGUUCACUUUGGCUAUGUAUAUGAAAUCAGUGCUGUGGGCUGCCUUGGAAUCUAUUGCUUGCUUAACCUGAUGAGUGUAACGGAGGUCUCCUGUGGAUGUGUUGCAAGUGUGCUAGGCUACUGCCUUCUGCCUAUGGUCCUCCUCUCAAGCAGCGCUGUCAUCUUCUCACUGCAGGGAAUAAUUGGAACGAUCCUAACAGUGGCUGUUAUUGGAUGGUGCAGUUUAUCAGCAUCAAAGAUGUUUAUCUCAGCUCUAUCCAUGGAAGGACAGCAGCUUUUGGUUGCAUACCCUUGUGCUCUGCUUUAUGGAGUCUUUGCACUUCUGACAGUGUUUUGAAAUGUAUUGAUGCGGGCUUAUUCAUUUUACUGAUUUUUUUUUAUGUAAAUGUUUCCAGUGUGUGAAUGUAUAGUUGUACUGAUUUUUACGCUGAAUAAGUAGUACUGAUUUUAACAAGUUACAGUGCAACUUGGAUGCACGGAUCACCAAUGUAGCCAUGUCUUUUUGUAUUGUUUAGUUCACAGGAGAAAAAAUAUGAGUUCAGAUUUAGUUACUGAUAUUUAAUGUGGUCAACAGCUAAAUAAAUAAUUCAAGA